AUGGAGUUCGAGAAAAAUCGUCAAAGAGGCUUAUCACACCUGCAGCAAUUUUCCUUUGGAGUGGGGCACGUGAUUAAUGACAACACUCGCCGCAUGUUGCAUUCAUUCCGAAUGAUUUUUCUCAUGAGAGUUGUUGGCAUUUCUGCAACCAAUGCCGGCUUAAUUUCCUCUUACAAUUAUUUUGCCGGUGGAAUCCUUUUUGCUCCAGUAGCAGGGUUUUUAUGUGAUAAGAUUAAAAUUCCGGUUCUGUCACGCAGGCAUGGAAAGAGAAAAUCGUGGCAUUUGAUUGGAACUAUAGCAGCAGCUAUUGGUAUUCCACUCUUUUUCAGCAAAUGUUUUGUUUGUGACAAAGGAACCAGCGAGUGGCCGGUGUUGUUGUAUUACUUUUUGAUUGCCACAAUGAUCUCAUUUUCCAUCAACUUUGUUGACAUAUCGCACUUGUCGGUCAUUCCGGUUUUGGCAAAGGAUCAGAGAGAGGCCGCUAAGCUUUCUUCUUUAAGGUUUGGAAAAAUUUUUUGAUAACUAAAAUUAUUUGCAUGUUAAGACAAGCUGAAAAGUUUUUUUUUAGCCUAAGAGUCAGGUUCGGUCGAAACGGUGGUGUUCAUAGCGCGGACUUCACGGGAGCGCGAAGUGUGACGAGUAGAUACACUCUCCCUGCCGCACAAAUUGUGACCGGAGAAAUCAGUCAAAAGCCGAAUUAUCGGGCUGGACAUUAGUGUUUUUUGUGGCCUAGCUUGAGAUAUGAUGUCAAGGAAUUUGCGUCAUUGUAAUUUUUUUAACUGCCCCAUUGCGCACUCUGACUUCCCCGGGUUCUUCACUGUCCGUAUAUCAGCAUAACGGUGUAAUCUUCAUUUUGCUUCAGAGAACUCUUUAUUAUCUAGUUCCAUCUUCCUCGAAGUUUCGGAGAAGUUGGUUUCGUUCCAGAAACAGUUGCACCUAAUCACUUAUCAGUAGAUAUUAGGGUGCUCUCACCUCUUCAAAGCUAACUUGCACUUGACCUUUUACUCACAGAACUGCUUUCAUGUAUUUAACUGGCGUCGUUUGUUACCUUGUGGCAUGGCUGAUUCUUGGACAAGAUGGCCGUGAUCAGUUAUCAAAAGAAAGCUCAAUGGAUUUUAUGGUAAUUAGUAACUCCUUACUUCUAUUGUUGCUAUUUCCCCAUCUGCUUCCUUCCUGUGUUUCUUCCUCAUAUUUUCAUUUCUUUCUCUCUAACUUCCUUUUUUCAUGACUAUUCUCCCUGAAAGUUCCUUCAGCUGAGACGCUGAGCAUUGCGGAUGAUCAAGCCGAUAUGCUUCUGAUAGAUGGGUUCAUGUCCAAAAUUUUGCUUGAAACAAAUAGAUAUUUCAAACAAAAUCCUAAAUUCCUUAUAGAUGAGACUAGCAAUAAGUAAUUGUUUAACUUUGCAACUUUACGAACUCGUUUUUCGUUCAAGGAUCCUUCUAUGAUCAAUGUCAUGGCAUCACAUGGGAUCACCAUUUGCACCUAUAUGUGCAAACUUAUUUAUGGGGUAUUAUGAGAAUCAAUGGCUAAAUGAUUUUAAAGAUUUAAGGUUCUACUUUGUCCUAGAUAUGUGAAUGACACUUUUAGAACGAACAGGAAUGACGUUUUUAUGUUACCUAAACGCCACACACCUCAAUAUUAGGUUUUCUUUCGAAACACAGUCUAAUAGGAAAUGUCCAAUCUCAGACGUUUUGGCGGGCAAUUAGGGAGAUUCUUGUGUUCUUUCCAUUUAUCAUAAGAACACGCACACUUGGCUUUUAACAAAUUUCCUUAGUUUUACUCAUUUCAAAUAUAAGAUAGGUCUCAUUCACACGUUGGUAAAUAGAAUUUUGAGGAUAAUUAGUACAACUUCUAGCAUGAAAAAAUAUUUUUAAAACCUUUCUAAAACUCUUUAACGCAACUCUUUUCCUUCUUACCUAACUGACAAAAUCAUAUCAACCUAUAAAAGAAAAUUUGCUUCACAACAACCUCGAGCUUGAUGUGACCCUUCUAUGCAGAGCCGUGUGGUUAAUAACACUAAGUUGCAAACUUCCUAUAGGUGACUUUUCUAGAAUCGCACGUAACAAAUUAACAUGGCUAUCAAAAAUAUUUUGCAAAGACCUUAACAUAAGGAUUGUCUUCACUUCAUUAAAACUUGAGAGUUGUUUUAGCUUUAAAGAUCUAAUUUCGGAUCCCUGACUAUUUAUCAAUUUACUUCAGCGGAAUGUAACUAAUUGCAAGCACAAGUGUUCAACAUAGUGUUGUGAGACUUUAGACUAAGCUAGGACAGUUUAUUGGCUAAAACGUUAGGGAGGCGUAGCACAUUGGCCACUUGCAAACCGAGCUGAAUGCUCAGAUGUAACAUAUUGACUGUCAUUUUUCUUUUUCGCUUAGAUUCCAAGUGUUACAUUGGCGCGCGCUAUUGUUUAAUUCACCAUUGUAAUGUUUCUAAUUUCAAAUAUUGUAUUCUCUUUAAAAUUACAAAUAGAAAUCACUAAUGUCCAUCACUGAACAGACUUGAUUGCAGUUGUGAUGUCUGUUCAUCUUCAGGUGAUAGCUCUCAUCCUAACAGGAGUAGGACUGGUAUGCUCUGGUAUUUUCCAUGUUGGAACUAAAGAACCUCCAGACGAUUCACCAGCAGAGAGGAAGCUGCCUCAUUCGAUUGCAGAUUAUGUGGUAAAUUUUGGUUACACAAGAGCAACAGCUAAAAGAAACCUUGUUUUCCCCAUCAGUUCAACUUACAGUUCUUUGCGAUUAAUCACAUGAUCAAUUAUCAAUUCGAUCAUUAAUCAUCAAUGUUAAUGGAGGCAGGCAGCCAAUUCAAUGCUCUUAUUAAUACCAUUGGUCGAUACGUUCACUAUCAUUUAUGGAAACUGGGUUGACGUGAACACUUAAGCUGACGCUCGAUUUUAGAUUUGAAUUUCGCAAAAAGUUUCCCUGGUUUUCAUUUUAACUUUUGGACUUUUUCGUUGCCAAGUGUUGUAUCAAUGCAAUUUAAUAAGUUUAUUAUAUCCCUUUUGAAAGAGUUGGAUUUAGAUCGGUUAUUACGACUACUCGUCGUCUUCAAGCUUCACUCCCUGAGCGUCUCGUUGCCUAGUUCGGAUGAGAUACCAACAAACACCAAGUGGGCAUGAAUGAAAAUUCAAAUAUUGAGUGAAAUGUGCGCAUCAUUGCUGGUGAUCUCAUUCAAAAUGAUAUUGUGUAUUGAUGUACUGCUUCGUAUCUCUCGUAGAGAAAAACCUCCUUCAUGCCAUCAGCUGGUCUCUUACAGUCAGUCCUGUAUUUUGAAGGAUGUGAGUUGUCAUUCAUCGUUUACCAACUUCACUUGUUUUGCUUUCAGCAAAGUUUCCUUUGAUUUUCUUCCUCGAUAUCUUCAUCUCAAUUUUACAGCUUUUCAGUGGCUAAUCGAUAGUUUCGAAGUCUUCCUGUUUAUGAAGAGCCUCGUUUUCAUUAUUUAUUUUAUCACAGAUCAGCAGCGAAAGGAAAAUAUCCUAGAUAAAUUCAUUCACAGUCUGCGAUCAUUAGAAAACAAUAAUCCAACCAACCAGCAAUUAUGUGAAGAACAAACCAGCCCUGUCAGAAAAAGCAGUUUCUUUGACCAAUUUUUUGAAGCCAUAUUAGCAGGACAUGACACUAACGAAGCUGCGGAAAGUAAGACCAUAGAAAAAGAGGCUCAUGAUCCGACACCGAACUUGACUGUUACCCCAGUGGCAGUCACAAGUGAGGAUGACUUCACGUUCGUAAAGACGUUGCCAAAAGAGCGAAAAAUAAGCCUUAUGAUGAGCAUCUUUAAUAGGCUGACGACAAAACAAGAAGAUUCUGCAGGAGAGAGCGAUUUAAAGAAAGACGAUUACAGAACUUUGGAUGAUAUAGGCGAAGGGGAUGGCCGAGGAAUGAUGGAAAAGAUACAACAAAACUCAGAAAUAGAUAACCAAGGGCACAAACUGACCCCUGCUGUUGACCUUGAAGAAUUUGAAACAGAGCCCAGCCAACAUUCUCCGGAUGUUAGCAAAGAUGAUAGAAAAGCUCUGCCAUCUGUUGCUUCUGAUAUUGAAUCCACUCCUCUACCAAAAGCAAAGACAGCGAGAGCCUGGUUCAAGGAUCCUCAUUUGUAUAAGGUAACUUAAAUUAAAGAAAGGGAAUGUUUCGACAAAAAAUGAGAACUUUUCCACUGCCAUUGCCACUGGCAUUGAUAUUGGCAUUGGCAUUAGUAUUAACAUUCCCAUUGCCAUUGCCAUUACCAAUGCCAUUGCUGGGAGUACAAUUGCGAUAUCUAGAGUUUUUUUAAACCGCUUGUUGUGGUACUGCCGAUAAAUUAUUCGGGUUCUUUUCGCGUAUUGGGAAACUGUGCCUUCUGCUUCAAGAACCACCCGAGGUAGUAGGCUGAGAGCAUUAUCCACGACCUUUAGUACAUUUUUGCCCAUAAGGACGCUAUUGGACAGUGAAUAAAAUAUGUUCACCGAUGCAAGAAAUUUUUAAAAUUUCCUGAAUAGAUUGGUGUGAGCUUCUAAAAAUGUGGUUUAUUAUUUUCUUAUCAGGUUGCCAUUAUUUACUCGUGCACGAAGAGUUUACAGAGUGUGCUCUUUUCUUAUUUGCCCUGCUCCUCACCGACGAACUGAAGUUUGGAAAAGUAUGAAAACAUUUUUAAGCAAAUUUAAUUGAUCAUUUUCUAGGUUUAAAAAAUACUGAAAGUCAUACUUGAUCUUCUAUAAAGGUUAACCAAAUAUCUUGUGACUCAUCUACCCUAGUUUCCUUGCUUUCUCCUUUCUCAGUCGGCGCAUCAGCUUUAUAACAAGUCUGUGGAAGAGAUAAACAGACAGACGGACAGAACAACCAUUUUGAAAAACAUAGUACCCAGUUGAAACUGUUUAGGCUUGCCCGUAAAUUAAACUUCCCGAAUCGUUUUCCAAACAAAGCUCCUGGAAAAAAUUUACUUUAUCAAUGCUCCACACCAGGUAAGAGUGGAAAAAGUUAAAUGCCAAGAAAGCUCCUUGAUGUUUUCAAAUAUUGUCAGGUUCUACUUUUAAAAAACUUGUAUCUCGCCUAUCCGAGGAAAUCACGACUCGCAGAUCCCAUUGCACAUAAAUUGCCAGUUGAUUUUCCCGGAAGAGGUAUGGACUCAAUAAAUUGCUUCUCAUGACAGAAAGAAAAUCUAGUUAAGGAGUCUCCAUGGGGUUUUUGACCGCACAGAUCUGGGUACCAACAUAGCACGAGCUUUAAAAGUCUCAACAUGCAAAACAAGCAUGGCGGCUCGAUACGAUCUCACGAUUUUUAUUGGAAAACGUGUGUUUAAAACAGUUUAUCACGAUUCAAUUUUUAUGUGAUGGAACAUAGGGUUUCCAGCUAUUGCACUCGUAAUAUUCAAAGGCCUUCUUCGCCUGAAAAAAAAUUCAACCGAAAAGAAAACACCGUGGGAAAGAUUGCCAAAAGGCGACAGAUUCGAAAGUCUACGCAUGCUCAGAUACGGAUCUUGGCGAGGUCUCAUUCUAUUACGUAAUGUUUUGCGACAAAGAAAGUAAGGAAAUUUCGAGUAAGAUUUAUUACGUUUCCUUCGGUUAAAUUUCCUAAUAUUUCAUUGUGAUCGAUCGUUAAAAAUAUUUGUGCCCUUCGUAGUGCCUGUUAAUAGAAAAAAAUUAUUGUCGGCUUUUAAAUGAUCGGCAGGGAAAUUUUCACAAAUUGUGAAAAAUUUGGAGAUAUUCCACCGAAGCAAAUUGAAGAAAAUUAAAGGCAAAGUCAAAUUAUUGAUGGUAAGCGCCUUCCUUCAUGGAAGCCUUAGCUUAAUAACAAAAAUCAUUCUGGUAAUAUUUACUACAGCAAACGAUAGUCCGAACCUUGCUCAUUGCCUUACCGUUAGCUUUCAGUGACCUUGAAAAGCGAAAACAUAAAAAUUUCCUAAAAAAAACAUGACGCGUGCCAACAUUGAGCAAAAACCUUAUAGAACCUCCUUAAAACAUGUAUAAGAUUGACAUUUUCCAUAACCCCAGAGUUCUGUGCUUUUUCAUAGGAAGCGAUUGCCAAUAUACCAUUAACAGCGUUAGUAAGUGCCACGUUGUCUACUGAAAUUUCAAGGAGACUCUCGAGAAAAGUGGGAAACAAGGUAAUUGAUACCAAGAUGAUUAAUGACAAGAUUAUGUCGGAUAUUGUACAAUAACAAUAAUCUUUUCCUUUAAAUUCUAUUUCUGUGCAUAAUGAGGGCUACACCCGGUAAAGAAAAUCGUUGAUCCUAAGCGAUAUUGAAAGUGUAUCACCAUAUAAGAAUGUCAUGCACCUUUUUGAGUAUAUUUCUCCACGAAUAUUGUUUCAUAUCAGUCCUCUUCUAAAGCUCUUCAUCUUGUUUCAGUGGACAUUCACUGCGGCUGCUGCAACUGUGAUUGGAUCGUGUGCAUGGUUUUUAAAUAUUACCCAGUCGACGAGAGUUUCUACUUACCCAGCCGUUAUUCUACUGGGGUUUGGUUCCUCCGCCAUGUUUGUGAAUGCUCUUGGCUUCGCAACAGAACUUAUUGGAGACAAUAAAGUAGGUUGAAGUGCUCUUUAUUUUGUUUAUGACAUUCAGUGAAAGUUUCAUUACCCUUUUCAUCACUAUUCGUUCAAAGAACACACUACGCAUUGUCAUAGUUAGUUUAUUACAUAUUUUUUCCCAUUUAAAAUGACUAUAAAGCAAGAACAUCCUUUAUUUCCCUGCAGGGUAGUUCUGGUUUGGUAUUUUCUGUCAUAGGAACCCUCGCCAACCUGACAUUAGGCACUCUGUAUAUCUUCAUACAAGCUUUGUUUCCUAAAGAAAGGUAACCCUAGAUUUUUUAUAAUAAUAAGCAAUAUCACAUCGCUCUUUGUUUGUUAAUUUUGCUGUUGUCGUAGUCGUUCUUCUCUUCAGCUAUUUUUUUCAGUUUCAUCUUGCUGUUCAUUGGUGUUGUUGUCGGUGUUUUAUCAUUCAUUCUCUUCUAAUCCUAGGCCCGUCAAUUUCCCGGGUCCUAACUCCGUCGCGUUCAAACUAUUAAUUCCAUCAGCAUCCAGAUAACACCGUCAUAACUAAAUCAUUGAAAUUAGCUUGAUCAGGUACCCUUUUUAUCAGGGAGUCCCCGUAUCUCUUUAUAAUCGGCCACAAACAUGGUAACUUUGAACUCCUGCUUGAUCCACGUCUCGUUUUAAUGAUGCAUAAUUUCGAAAUUGUAGGAGAAAGUGUUCCAAAAAUGUGUAAAUCAAAGUAAUGUUCUCAUGAAACAACAAGAAAGUAAGAGAGGCUCGAGAAUAAUACAGUAUUAAUGAAGACUGAUGGAGGAUUUUCGAUGCCUGACAUGGUCAGCAAUUCGUUUAAGCAAAUGAAAUGACCAUUAAACGUAAAUGUUACUUCUCAGUGAUAGAUUUCUUUUUAGAUAACUCAGUCAUCGACAUCAAGGUAUUCGUGCUUAUACUCAUUUUGAAAAGGAUGAUUCUCAUCAUAUUGAUUUUUCUCAGCGUAAAAAUUGAAUUGAAAUAUUUUAUGUUUUAGUGCGUCUACCGAUUGCCAAGAGUGUGGAAAUUACGUGCGACGUGUGUUCGCAUUCGUUCCCAGCUCACUCGCUGCUUUUAGUUUGCUGCUAGUGAUUAUUUUUCAAGUUCCUCAAAUAGUCUGCGGGAAAAAAGGUGAGAUGCAGUUUGUUAGCUGACAUAAAUAUAGAGCAGCUACAUUCAUCACUGAAAUACCGCUGUCUUGUAAUAUAAAACACUAAAACUUGGUUGGGUAUCAGCACUGUUAAUAUUUCCGUUCAAAAAACUUUGUUUGAUGCAUUGAAGUCAAUUUGCCAAUAUAUGUAAUGGAGGCUCAUCAUAACGAGUCUAGAUUUUUGCUCGCAUAACGCUGAAGCUUUUCAAAUAAAUCAUCUUUCAUUUUUAACUUCAUAUUCUGGCUUUUGACAUAUGGUGUUAGUGAUGUCUUUGAGACGGGAAAUACACGCUCUUGAAGCUUAUUAUAAUCAUGAAAUAUUCAGUGUUCUUGUUAUUUCCUUCACAAAACAGAAACCGAGAAGGAGACUGAGCCAGACUCAGGUCAUACAACCUAGCUGUGAUGAACUGUUGUAAGGAAAUAAGAUAUCUGUGCAUACUGGGCGGUAAAACUUGAUGGCAAUUAUUGUUACAUCUUCAAUGUUGUUUUUUCAUUGAAAGCGAAUUCAAUAUUGCGUCAUUAUUAUAUAUCUUUCAUUGCUUUUGAUAAUAAAGAUUUUAAUACAGGGUAUAUCCCAAAAUAUUGAUAGUACUUGAUUCUUGUACGUAGCCAAUGUAACGUGCCAGUUUCAAAGAGGACUUGAGUGACAGUAUCAGUUUCAGAUUAGUGGUAAUUGUAUGACCCCUAAAAUAUAACAACACGCAAUAACAUAUGUAUUAAGGCGUUUCUUGUAACGUCCGUUUACAGCAUGCUUCAAUUGACGUUCACUGCAUGGGAAGUUAAACUUGGG